AGUCACCACCCCCUAAUCUCAUUGGAUGGUUCCAUGAACAGAAAUGAAACUGGUGAAUUUAACUCUUCAGCUUCUUCUCCAGAUUAUAUAACCGAAGAUAAUAAAAUUGCAGUUAGUCAAAAAAUAAACUGUGUGGCAGUCAGUACACCAAGCAGUAAAUCGAGUCAUAAAACCACAGAAUCUCAGGUGGAAAAUAUCAGAGACAAUAAUACGUCCAGACAACAUAUAAAGACAGAAUAUCCAUCGACUCAUAUUAAGGAGGAAUCAGACUCGCUUGAAGAAGAAAAUCUCCCAGACAUUUAUACAACCACAGAAGAUGCACCGAUAGAAUAUAUUUCUACUCAUAUUAAGGAGGAAUCAGACUCUUAUGAGGAAGGAAAUCUCCCAGACACAGACAUUUAUACAACCACAGAAGAUGCACAGAUGGAAUAUCCAUCUACUCAUAUUAAGGAGGAAUCUGACUCAUGGGAAGAAGGAAAUCUACCAGACAAUUAUACACCCACAGAAGAUGCACAGAUAGAAUAUCCACCUGCUCAUAUUAAAGAGGAAUCAGACUUGUCUGACGGAGGAAAUCUCCCAGACACAGACCGUUAUGCACCUACAGAAUGUACACAGAUAGAAUAUACUUCUAUUCAUAUUAAGGAGGAAUCCAACUCAUGGGAAGAAGUAACUCACACAGACGUCUAUACACCCACAGAAGAUGCAGAGAUAGAAUAUACAUCUACUCAUAUUAAGGAGGAAUCGGUCUCAUGGCAAGAUGGAAAUCUUGUUGAAGCUUCCAUUUGCACAACCAUGAACACUGAUAUUUAUAGAGGCACAGACCAUAGACAGACAGAAUAUCUACCUGACCUUAUUAAGGUAGAAUCAGACUCAUGUGAAGCCAGUGCUCUCACCAUCACAAAGGUUUAUACACCCACAGGAGAUAAUGAAUCAGUAUCCUACAAAGAAGAAAUUCCGGGAGACAUAGACAUUUAUGCACCCACAGAACAUACACACAGAGAAUAUUCAUCUACUCUUAUUAAGGAGGAAUCAACAUCAUAUGAGGAUGGAAAUUUAACCACCUUAGACCUUCUUACCCCCACUUGUCAUACUGGAACACAAAACUCUUCUGAAUGUAGAAAAUGCUUCACUGAAACUUCAGAUAUUAAGAAACAUGUAAGGAUUCAUACAGGAGAAGAAACUUUUUCAUGUACAGAAUGUGGGAAAUGUUUCACUGAACAUUCAAAUCUUAGAAUACAUGAGAAGACCUACACUGGAGAGAAACCAUUUUCAUGUUCUGAAUGUGGGAAAUGUUUUGCUCGCAUGUCAAUUCUUAAGAUACAUGAGAGGACUCACACUGGAGAGAAACCAUUUUCUUGUUUUGAAUGUGGGAAACGCUUUGCAGAAACCUCAAAUUACAAUAAACAUAUGAAGAUUCACGCGGGAGAUAAACCAUUUUCCUGUCCAGAAUGCGGAAAAAGUUUCAGUAACUCUUCCAAUCUUAAGACUCAUCUAAAGCUUCACACCGGAGAGAAACCGUUUUCAUGUUCUGUAUGUGGGAAAUGUUUUGCUCGCAUGUCAGCUCUUAAGAUACAUCAAAGGAUUCACACAGGAGAGAAAUCCUAUUCAUGUUUAGAAUGUGGAAAACAUUUCAGUAACUCUUCCACUCUUAAGACACAUCAAAGGAUUCAUACAGGAGAGAAAUUAUUUUCAUGUUCUGAAUGUGGGAAAAGUUUCAGUAACUCUUCCACUCUUAAGACACAUCAAAGGAUUCACAGAGGAGAGAAACCGUUUUUAUGUUCUGAAUGUGGGAAAUGUUUUGCUCGCAUGUCAAUUCUUAAAACACAUCAAAUGAUUCACACAGGAGAGACAUUAUAUUCAUGUUCUGAAUGUGGGAAAUGUUUUGCUCGCAUGUCAAUUCUUGAGAGACAUCAAAGGACUCACACAGGAGAGAAAUCAUUUUCAUGUUCAGAAUGUGGAAAACGUUUCAGUGACUCUUCCACUCGUAACACACAUCAAAGGAUUCACAGAGGAGAGAAACCGUUUUCUUGUUCUGUAUGUGGGAAAUGUUUUGCUCGCAUGUCAGCUCUUAAGAGACAUCAAAUGACUCACACAGGAGAGAAACCAUUUUCAUGUUCAGAAUGUGGCAAGAGUUUCAGUGACUCAUCCACUCUUAAGAUUCAUAUGAGGAUUCAUACAGGAGAGAAAUCAUAUUCAUGUUCUGAAUGUGGGAAAUGUUUUGCUCACAUGUCAACUCUCAAGACACAUCAAAGGAUUCACAGAGGAGAGAAACCAUUUUCAUGUUCUGAAUGUGGGAAAUGUUUUGCUCGCAAGUCAAUUCUUAAGAAACAUCAAAGGAUUCACACAGGAGAGAAAUAAUUGUCAUGUUCAGAAUGCAAAAAAUGUUUAGUCACCUUCUGCCACAUCAGAAGAUUCCCAGAAGAGAGAAAACGAUUUCUUGUUAAGAAUGUCUGAAAUGUUUAAUUGUUCAAUGCUACACUCCAAUUAAUACAUUAUUUGGAAACAAGAACGCUACCCUGCACUACUGCGCCGUGUGCCUGUCCACCUACAAAUUUGCCUGCAAACUUUACAAUGCAGAAGAGAAAGGGCUAAAACAAAAUGUAUUUAUAUAAAUGUAUACACAUCUCAUACCGCUAGUGUGCGCAUGUGUCUCAUACCUUCCGGGAUCCCCAUGUGUCUCAUUCUUCCAGUACCAUCAGUAUCCCGAUGGGUCUCAUACCCCCAGGAUCCCUAUAUGUGUAAUUUCCCCCAGCACCUUCAUUCAUAUGUGUAAUUCCCCCAGUGGGCCCAUGUGUCUCGUGUCCCCAUGAGUCUCAUACAUCCAAUGUCCCCAUGUGUGUCAUACCCCCAGUGUCCCCAUGUGUCUCAUUCCCCCAGGGUGCCGAUAUUUCUCAUGUCAGUCUACUAUGACCAUUUGAUAUUGGUCAGUAUGGCUCAAUUAAGUUUUGAUUUAAUUUGUCGACAGACAUCUGUUCCUAAUCAUUCUUCGCUUAACGUGAUUAUAGCGUUAAAGAAGCAGCUAUCCCAUUUGCAAGUUAAUUAUUAGAAACGGUUUUAAUACAUUUUUGUUGAUAACUUGACUAUCACUAAUAUAAUUCAGUGCCUGA